GCCAGUGGAGCAGGGCUUUGCAGAACAAAGGAGAUCCCUGUUUGGAUUCACUUAAAAUCACGAAAAGCCUAUCCUAGUUAGACACAUUUGCUGCUUUCUGUAACAGGGAAUACUGACCAACACAGCAAUUUUACUGUAAAGUUUGAAAGAGCCACGGAAUGACAGAGGGGAGGAAAGAGGGCGACAGAGACAGAGUACAUUAUGCAUGUGCUAUAACUGAGCACCAGGAGCAGUAGACAGAGUUAGAAAGGGGUGGGGGGGUUCGAGAAGAGAGAGUAAGCUCAGACAAAAGCUGCAGACUGUUCCCUCACCGACCACAACCAGCAACAAAGACAAAAGAAGGAAAGCUACUGAAGCUGAGGCUUAGGCUCUUUGCCUUGUUACUGCCAGGAUUCCAUGAGCCACGAGCAUCACGCUGAGGGCAAAUAGGAUGUCGGUGUCAGGGAAGAAGGAGUUCGACGUGAAGCAGAUCCUCAGGCUUCGCUGGCGCUGGUUUAGUCAUUCCUCACAGACCUCAGCUGGCAAUGGGGGCUAUAUUCAGCAAGAGGGCUUCGACCACCGAGGUACACCGGUCCAGAGCCGCCUGAAGAGUCACUCCCGGGACAGAGGGGGACUUCGCAAGAGCAACAGCCCAGUCCACAGCAUUCUGGCUCCUACUCCCAGCCCCACACCUGUCUAUGUCAGGCCAGGCAAUCAAUCAUGGCACCAGCAAAACAUCAUCCAGCACCUUCAAGUCAGCGAGGACUCACUGAAGAACAACUCGCCCACCAGCGCCAGGAAAGAGGAUGGCAAGAGCAGCCAGGAGCAUGUGAAGAGCAACCCACAGGAGCCCUCCGAGGAGGAAGCCACAGACAGGUUGAUUUUGAGCAGCUACUCCAAGAUGAGCUCCAACUGCUCAGACGAGUUUUUCCAGGCCACAAACCAUGCGGAACAGACCUUCCGCAAGAUGGAGACUUACCUGCAGCACAAGCAGCUGUGUGAUGUGCUUUUGAUAGCCGGAGAUCAUAAAAUCCCUGCACACAGACUUGUUCUAAGCGCUGUUUCUGACUACUUCGCUGCCAUGUUCACCAACGAUGUGCGGGAGGCCAAACAAGAGGAGAUUAAAAUGGAAGGUGUUGAUCCAGAGGCACUAAGAUCAUUAGUUCAUUUCGCAUACACUGGUGUCCUUGAGCUGAAGGAAGAGACGAUCGAGAGCCUAUUAGCUGCAGCAUGUCUUCUCCAGCUCUCACAAGUUAUUGAGGUCUGCUGCAACUUUCUAAUGAAACAGCUUCACCCGUCCAACUGCCUGGGGAUACGCUCGUUUGCUGAUGCUCAAGGGUGCAUGGACCUGUUAAACGUGGCCCACAGCUACACCAUGGAACACUUUCUAGAAGUCAUUCAGAAUCAGGAGUUUCUCCUGCUUCCUACAAUGGAAAUAGUGAAACUACUGGCCAGUGAUGACAUCAAUGUUCCAGAUGAAGAGACUAUUUUCCAGGCACUGAUGAUGUGGGUGCGCUACGACGUGCAGCACCGACAACGAGAUCUGGGAGUGCUACUUGUGUAUAUCCGCCUACCCCUUCUGCCACCUCAGCUUCUUGCUGACUUGGAAAACAAUAAGAUGUUUUCUGAAGAUCUGGAAUGCCAAAAGCUACUGAUGGAGGCCAUGAAAUACCAUUUGCUGCCAGAGCGCCGCCCAAUGCUACAGAGCCCAAGGACCAAACCUCGCAAAUCCACUGUUGGGGCACUCUAUGCCGUAGGAGGAAUGGAUGCCUCAAAAGGUUCUACAACAAUAGAGAAGUAUGACCUGCGCACAAACACUUGGAUCCAGGUUGGCAUCAUGAAUGGCCGGAGGCUUCAGUUUGGUGUGGCAGUCAUUGAUAAUAAGCUCUAUGUGGUUGGCGGAAGGGAUGGGCUUAAGACAUCCAACAUGGUAGAGUGCUAUGACCCAAUCACUAAAGUGUGGUGUACUAUGCCCCCUAUGUCGACCCACAGACAUGGGCUAGGGAUUGCCGUGCUGGAAGGGCCUAUGUAUGCAGUGGGAGGUCAUGAUGGAUGGAGCUAUCUGAACACAGUGGAGAGGUGGGACCCCCAGGCCAGACAGUGGAAUUAUGUGGCUAGUAUGUCCACUCCUCGGAGCACGGUGGGAGUCACUGCUCUUAAUGGAAAAUUGUUUGCUGUGGGUGGUCGUGAUGGGAGCUCUUGUCUGCGGUCGAUGGAGUGUUUUGAUCCCCAUACAAACAAAUGGAGUAUGUGUGCACCAAUGGCAAAGAGGAGAGGGGGCGUGGGUGUGGCCACGUACAACAGUUUCCUCUAUGCAGUCGGUGGCCAUGACGCCCCAGCCUCAAACCACUGCUCUCGCCUGUCUGACUGUGUGGAGAGGUAUGACCCAAAAACAGACACAUGGACCACGGUGUCGUCCCUCAGUGUGCCUCGUGAUGCAGUGGGAGUAUGUUUGCUUGGGGACAGACUGUAUGCAGUCGGUGGCUACGAUGGUCAGUCCUACCUAAAUAGUGUGGAGUCCUAUGAUGCGCAGAACAACGAAUGGACUGAGGAGGUCCCUCUGAACAUCGGCAGAGCUGGGGCCUGCGUGGUGGUGGUGAAAUUGCCUUGAGCGCUCAGGCUUUCUGAGCCAUGCUCUUACAGCAGACAUACCAGCAGUAGAGAAAAAAAAGAAAAAGAACUCUUGAUGUCAACACUUGGAAUGUUCUUUCAUGCUCAUUCCUCUCUCUCUCUCUCUUUCUCUCUCUCUCUCGGAUGACAAGAAUUUAAUGGGCCUAAUAGCUGAGAGUUGCUACGAUGGAUGGAGAAAAACAGCGUGGUUUGUUAUAUUAGUGCUUACCAGAUUUUACAUUCAACUUUUGGAAAUCAGAGUUUUUCACAUAGGAAUGAUCUACACCAGUGAAUUCAUGAAAAAUGUGUAUCAAAGGUCACUUUUAUCAGAGCUAUUAGUUUUCAUAUCGUGUUUACCUCAUCAUACAAUUUGAGGUCAGUAUUAUCAUGUGUUACUAACUUUCAGUGACAUAAAAAUGAAAUGUAUGUUAAAGGAUAGGACAGCUACAAACGUGUUUAUUUCAUUUUUGUGUGUUUUGUGGAACAAAAAGUGUAAUUUGACUCUUGACCAUGCAUUUUAAAGACCACUGUGAGUACAUGCAGUCGUGAGCUUGCCAACUAAACACCCACAACCUUUUUUGGAGUUCAUUCAUGCACAGUUCAAAAGUCAUUUAAAUACACUUUUUUUAAAUGUAAGACUAGAUAUAGCACGGAAUGGACAUUUCUUUUAACAAGCUGUCUUUGAAGUAGCUGCAAAAACACCAAAGUAAUUACCACGUGAUAGUAGUCAUGACUUUCAACGUUUACAAAAUAGUGAAUAUACAAAUAUAUCAUAUUGAUAUUUCACAUUACUGUAUAGUUUUUGUAAUUAAGCCAUGUACAUAUUUCCAGAAUCUGUGUUAAAUGUAAUUUAGGAUCAUGUUGUUUUUGGCAUGCUGCUUCAGUAUAUUUGAAUGCCAUUCUGUAAUGCUUUCUGAAGCUCUCAAAAUCCAUUUACAGAAGUCAGCACUGAUGCAUUAUUUGAAUUCUGACAUUUUUCAUGUUUUGAGUUUUUUUCUUUGGCAAUGUAGAUGAGCGUUUUACACGAAACACUGACCUGAAAUUUCUGAAUUAGAACUUUAUGGAGUCUAAAUGAAUUUUGCAAGUGAGGUUUUGUAGUAAGCGAGAUUCACAAAUUCAAAAUAUUUUAAUUUUCAUUAUUUUAUAUAGCAUGCAAACAUAAAUAAACCUUUUUUCCUCUUUA